GCGGGGCCAGAGUGCUACCCACUGGUAGCAACGCUGCUCCUAGAGAGGCUCGGCCGCGGCCUGGUGACGCACUUCCGGCCGCGCCACGAAGCCGCCUGCUGCGAGCUCCAGGCCUCCUCUGAGAGGGAGAGCAGGUAAUGGCAGCCAUGCUCCUGACAGCCUGGCCCCAGGUGAGCUGUGGGUCCUUCAGCUCUUCCUCUGAGCAGUUUCACAUUGAAGAAGGGAAGCUGGUGAGCUUUGUGAUGGAAGUUGGAGGGGUCCUCCUCGCUUCCGCCUGGAACUCAUGGGAAGAGCGGUGACGUGAAGGGAUGGAAGCAGCAGGAGAGCAUCCCUGAAGGCAGGGGUGAAGUGUUCUGCACACUGAGGUUCUUUGCUCCUCUGGUGAAUAGGCGACAGGAAGCUGCCCAUGGAGGAUGCUCCGUGCACGGAUAUGAAUGGAGGAGGGUAGCACCGGCUUAGGAUGUCCAGAGACCAGGGCAUAGGUGAAAAGGAGUAGUAGGACCAGGUCAACACAAAGGAUGGCUGUGCCUCUAAUAUGGUGUGGAGACAAGGGUAGUGGGGUCUGGAGAGGGAAAAAACAGGAAGUCCUAUGGGACAGGAUGUCUCAUUGUGUCCUGGAGAGACUUUCAGGGCUUGGGUGCAGGGGCUCAAACUUUAGGUUUCUGAUAAAAGCUCUGGACCCUCCCCCUCCCUUAGAAAAAUAAGCAUGCAAACCAAAUUUUCCAUACAAUUUCAGGGACUUCACGGACGCCCUGAAGCACAUCCAUGGACCUCCAUGGACUACAGAAGUCGGUGACCUUCGAGGACGUGGCUGUGUACUUCACUCAGACGGAAUGGAAUGGCCUGUCCCCUGCACAGAGGGCCCUGUACAGGGAUGUGAUGCUGGAGAAUUAUGGAAAUGUGGCCUCCCUGGGAUUUUCGCUUCUCAAACCUGCUGUGAUAUUGCAACUGGAGGGAGCAGGUGAGCUGGGGGACCCAUCUCCACUGGUGGCUGGAACAGAAAUAGGCUCCCAGGGUGUCUGGACUGUAGAUAUUGAGAGCCAGACUGACAAUAACUUGACAAAGGAAAUAUAUAAAGAAAAACAUAAUACAUCAUUUGAACUUCAGAGGGACUUUUCAGAAGCCUGUAUUCUAGAGAAACAGCAGGAAGUCCAUUUAGUAGGAAGCAUGAAGAAAGAAAACAGCAGCAUCAUUGAUACAACGGUGAAAGACAACACCAGCCCCGUGGAGGAAUGUUUCUUUAGUCAGAGUCCAAACUUCUUUCAUUGUCACACCGUCACCACUGGACAGCAGCCCCUUGAACAUAUGGGAUUGGAGAAAGGCUUCAGCUUUGAUACAAAACUUAUUCAGCAUGAACUAAUUAAUUCUGGGGAAAGAACUUUUAAAUGUGAAGAAUUAGUGGAAACCUUCAGGUGUAACUCUCAGCAUCAAAACAGCUAUACUGGGGGAAAGCCCUAUCAGUGUAAGGAGUGUGGCAAAGCCUUUAGCGUUAAUGCAAAAUUAAUUUGGCAUCAAAGACUUCAUAGCGGUGAGAAGCCCUUCAAAUGUGUGGAGUGUGGGAAAAGCUUCAGUUACAGUUCCCAUUAUAUCACACAUCAGACCACCCACAGCGGGGAGAAGCCCUAUCAGUGUAAGGUGUGUGGGAAAGCCUUCAGCGUUAAUGGGAGUCUGAACAGGCAUCAGAGAAUCCAUACAGGGGAGAAGCCCUAUCAGUGCAAGGAGUGUGGAAACGGCUUCAGCUGCAGUUCCGCAUAUAUCACACAUCAGAGAGUCCACACUGGGGAGAAGCCUUACGAGUGCACGGACUGUGGGAAAGCUUUCAAUGUUAAUGCCAAAUUAAUUCAACAUCAGAGAAUCCACACUGGAGAGAAACCUUAUGAAUGUAAUGAGUGUGGGAAAGGCUUCAGGUGCAGUUCCCAGCUUAGGCAGCAUCAGAGCAUCCACACUGGGGAGAAGCCUUAUCAGUGUAAGGAGUGUGGAAAAGCCUUCAGUAAUAAUGCAAAACUCAUUCAGCAUCAAAGAAUCCACACAGGUGAGAAACCCUAUGAGUGUACUGAAUGUGGAAAAGCCUUUAGUGUCAAAGGGAAGUUAAUCCAGCACCAGAGAAUCCACACGGGUGAGAAACCCUAUGGUUGUAACGAGUGUGGGAAAGCCUUCAGGUGUAACUCUCAGCUGCGGCAGCAUCUGAGAAUCCACACCGGGGAGAAGCCUUAUGAGUGUAAUGAGUGUGGAAAGGCCUUCAACGUUAAUGCAAAACUAAUGCAACAUCAGAGGAUUCACACUGGGGAGAAACCCUUUGAAUGUAAUGAGUGUGGGAAAUGCUUUACUUCUAAAAGAAACCUACUUGAUCAUCAUCGAAUCCAUACUGGAGAAAAGCCUUACCAAUGUAAGGAAUGUGGGAAAGCCUUCACUAUCAAUGCCAAACUAACUAGGCAUCAGAGAAUACACACUGGGGAGAAACCUUUCAAAUGUAUGGAAUGUGAAAAAGCAUUUAGCUGUAGUUCUGACUAUAUUGUACAUCAGAGGAUCCAUACUGGAGAGAAACCCUUUCAAUGUAAGGAGUGUGGAAAAGCCUUCCAUGUUAAUGCCCAUUUAAUUCGGCAUCAGAGAAGCCACACUGGGGAGAAACCCUUCAGAUGUGUGGAGUGUGGAAAAGGGUUCAGCUAUAGUUCUGAUUGUAUAAUACAUCAGACUGUCCAUACUUGGAAGAAACCCUUCGUGUGUAAUGUGUGUGGGAAAGCCUUCAGGUUUAGCUUCCAACUUAGUCAGCAUCAAAGUGUCCAUGGUGAAGGCAAAUCUUAAUGAGGAGGACGUGGCAGAAAACUCUCAAGGUUAAUGCAAUGGAUCAAGUAUCAUCAGAUUCCCCCUGGUAGAAAACCCUGAGAGGGAAAUGAAUGGGGCAUCUUCACAUGGAAACAAAUCUUUUCCAUCUUUUAAAAUCAAGAAUGAGGACUGGUUAAAAAGUAACAUCCAAAAAUGAAUAGCUUGUUCUAUACCAACAACCAAUUAGAAAGUAUAAUGAAAGAAAGGAUCCCAUUCCCAACAGCAUCAAGAAAAGUGGAUUUUCUUGGGAUAAACUUAUUAUUAUACACAGGUCUAUGGAGAAGUAAAUCUCCAGUAAGGGCCACAAAAGGAAAAAUUAAUGGGGGAGAGAGAGAAACCUUGUUCUUAGCCAGGAAAACUCAAGAUAUUCACUCUACCUAAAUUUACUUCCCUUUGACAACAAGCAUGUAUCACUUUUGUAAAGAGGAUGAACAAUAAAAAUUUCCUUAGAAAA